GUUGCAUUCAGUUGAUAAUCCCAAACUCUUAUCUAUCCCCUGACCAAUAACAUAACUGUCCUUCCAUGCAGUAUGUUGCUGUUGUCCCAUUUCAGUGACACGUCUGACAAACAGUCCAAGAAAUAGAGUAAUGGGACCAGACAUCAAGGUACAGUAUAUGUCAAGAGAGGCCUUUGGUGCUAAGCCUUCUUUUGUGCUCCACCAUAUGGCCCUUGUCACUCCCGCUGCAGGAUAAUAGGCUUAGUCCUGAUGGCGCUUCAGCACUACUGAGGAGGGGGACACCUUGUAGCUGCUCUGCCAGCUAAAAGAGAAACAAAACACAACAGGAUGGAGUAUGAGGACUCGGGCUCUGAUUUCUGUGAUGACGACUGUCUGGGGAGGGGGGACAUCCACAUAAGAAGCAACUACAGAACAGCAAGAGGCUGCUUUGACUUGAGUGAGAUCUUCUUUUCAAAUGAGGAGUACUACAGCAAGCUGGAGGAGCUGAAGAAAGCCCACGUGCGCACCAUGGCUGAACUGGAGAGCAUGUACCAGGAAAAGCUGCAGCUCAAGUCCAUGGAGCCGUUAGAUACAACAGCCCUGGAAGUGGAGCACAGUGUACUGUGGACAAAUACUAGCCCGGCUCCUUACCACUAUUGUUUGAGGAAGGCACAUUCUGCUGUGGAACUGAGAUGGGACUCUGGAAAGUCAGAUUCUUCAGAUGAAGAUGAAGAUGAAGCUGUUGGUGACAAUGUGGAGAACGGCCUGCUUCUUUCUCCCAAAGAGCACAUCAAGAAUAUGUGGAUGGACUUCAGGAUGUCUCCUUAUAAGCAUCACCUAUCCUCGUCACUGCAGAGUAUGCCAGGAGAUGAGAGGAGAACACGAAGGGGGAAAGAGAAGAACAGCCCAGGAAACAAAGAUGGACAACAGGAGCAGUGGAAACAUAAAGUGACCAUCCCAAAACCUUUCCACAUGACACUGCGUGAAGCUGAAAAGCGAAAGCGUGGCAUAAAAACACGCUCAGAGAUUGAAUUUGAGAACACAGAGCUGCGACGACAGUUGGAGGAAUUGACCGAAUGUCAAAGGAAGUUUCGCGCCAGCCCAGUUCCUGCACAUGUUCACCUCCCACUUUAUGAAGAGCUGCAGGAGCGGAAGGAGGAACGGCGGCGCGCUAUGCGAGAGGGAGAGGAGCAGCUUCCUCGAACCAUUCAGAAGCCCUUCAGUUUCCUGGAGAGGGAGCGGCUAAAGAAGGAGCAGAAACAUCUACGUCAAUCAAAGGCGUCCGACCAGGAUAAAGUUAAACCUUUUAAAGCUAAACCUGUGCCAAAGUCUGUGUAUGCAGCAGCAUCGGGUGAACUGAUGAAAGAGGAGCAGCUGUACCGGUCUAUAAAGAUACAGAUGAGGGCCCACGAGAUGCUCCAUAGUGCUUCAAUGCCUUCCAGCAUGCUCACACGGCGGCUCAGUGAACGCAAGAACACCAAACACGGUGGCUGUUCAGAUGAAGACUUCUCACACAGGCCACAAAUAAACAGAGAGAUACCUGAUUUCAACGCCAGUUACAGACGCUUCCAAAAGCAGCUGGAGAAGCAGAAGGAGGUGAAGUCUACAACUACGUGCGAACCCUUUGACCUGAAGACAUCGCAGAUCUCCUCUCACCGAGAACGUGUCAUAGCCGACAUUGAGAAAGAGCAGAGCAGCCCUCGGAUGCAGCGCUGGCCUUACAUCAGUCCCGGGGAAGUGCGGACGCCAAACUCAAGCCUCUGUUCUUCCCUCUCAGGCAGCCUUGAACUCCUGCCUGCCAAAGUCACAGACACCACAAAAAAGCGCCACGAGGCUGUGAGAAAGCUCUUGGACCAGAGGAAGAAAGAGGAGGAAGAGGAGGAGCGGUGGAAGGAAAAACAGAGGCAAAGGGAGAAGAAGCUUCAGAGGGUGGUUUUGAAACGUGCCCAAGCUAAUGACCCCCAUCUGACUCUGGCACAGACCAACCAGAACAAACUGAAAGAGUUCAGGAAACAGGAUCUUGAGCGCAAGAAGGAAUACCAGCGCGAGAUUAAGGACAUGCAGGAGAGAGUGAAAGGAAGGCCACUGCUGCUGGAGCAGGUUGCACAGAGGAAUGCCAAACGGGCAGCAGAGAAGCAAUACAUCAAAACCCUGCAAGGAUGUGACGUGACGGAGGAGUUUGUCAGCACCAAGGCAGCCAGAUCAGCGUCUCUACAUAAAUCCUCCCUCUCCAGUGAGAACAAGACAAAUGACCCAGAAGAGGCAGAUGCGGAUUAUGAACCUGUUUGCUACAGGAAGGUCUUCCUUGAUGAUGAAGACAUUGAUGAUACGGAUGAGAGGGAUGGAGGACGGGUGGAGGACGAGAGUGAUAAGGCCUCGUCAAACAACCAAGAUGGUGAAGACGGCAGCGGUCACCACAUGGAAGAGGAUCACGAUGGCAAAGAUUAUCACUAUUCUGAUGAUAGCUAUCACUACUCAGAUGAUCAUGAGAAUUACUCAGAUGAUAGUGACCACGAUGAUGACGAUAAAGUACAUGAUGCAUGACAAGGAUUUACGAUAAGGGAUCUGCAAUAGUUCUGAUGGACAAAACUGAAAACAUCAAGUGAGGAUGAUGGAGGCUUCUUUCGAUUUUAGGAUAGCUGUGAAGUACAAAAAGUGAUGUUUAUGUAUCUAAAGCCCUCUGUUUCACUUGCUCAAUAUUCUCAUUAAGUGAUUUGUACUGAGAAGGGAAUUUCAGAAUUUGGGUAUUUGUUGGUUAUUAUCAUUCUGAAUCAUCAAUGUAGUGUAUGUAUCGACCAUAUCUCAUUUGUACAGUAUUUGCUAUUACUUGUCGAGAAAAGUUAAGUGUUACAACAAAUCUGCUCUGUUUAAGCAUUUCAAUACUCUGUUUAAGUCACAUAAACUCUUAAUUAUCUUAGCUUUAGCAUACAAAAACGAUAAUAUUUUAGUAGUUUUGUACACCUGCAGCGUAUUAAUGUACCUUUUAUGCUGAACGAUGCUGCUGACACCAGAAUUUCCUGUACGGAUCAA